GUUUUGGGAAAGACCCCUGCAGAAACUUUGCUUGCCACGUAGUCGCGGCUGCACAACUUGUAGCCUACUUUGUGAAGCUUUUCAUGCUUUGUUGUGCAUGAAACGUCAGCUUAACAGUUAGGCUAGAGGUUGUUAAACUGUUCUUGACAUUAAAAUGAUUCCAGAAUUGUGGACAUGCAUUUUUUCUGCAUUCUUCUUUUACGUGCAUGGAGCAAAACUUCCGGAACCAGAGGUGAAGAUAGAAGUUCUAUACAAACCUUUCCUUUGCCAUCGUAAAUCCAAAUACGGGGAUAUUCUUCUGGUUCACUACGAUGGCUUUCUGGAGAGUAAUGGCACAAUGUUUCAUUCCAGCCGUCAUCAUGGAGACAAAAACCCUGUCUGGUUCACAUUGGGGAUCCGUGAGGUGAUAAAGGGUUGGGACAAGGGUCUUCAAGACAUGUGUGUGGGGGAGAAGAGGAAACUGACUGUCCCUCCAGCUCUUGCAUAUGGCAAAGAGGGCAAAGGUAAAAUCCCUCCGGAGAGCAUUCUGAUCUUUGACAUCGAGAUCAUGGAGAUCCGAAAUGGGCCCAGGUCACAUGAGUCCUUUCAGGAAAUGGACCUCAAUGAUGACUGGAAGCUUUCCAAAUCAGAGGUCAAAGAAUACUUGCGCAAAGAGUUUGAAAGACAUGGAUACGCCCCCAAUGACACCCAUCAUGAAGUGAUGGUUGAGGACAUCUUCCAAAAAGAAGAUGAAGACAAUGAUGGAUAUAUAUCAUCCCGGGAGUUCACUUAUAAACACGAUGAACUAUAAAUACACACUCCUGCAAAACCACAGCAAUGUUUACCUUCAAAAGAUUCCAAUAUUUGCCUUCAGAGAUUUGCAAUGUGUCAGUAACAUUUCACAUAAUGUUACGGUAUACAAACAGGCUUUCUGUUAUCUACAGGUCAUGUGUGUCAUUUGUUUUUUUUAUUGUUUUUUUAAAAUUUACUCUCAGGUUUGUUUGAGCUGUUUGUAGUGUUUGAAGAUUUUAGGUCUUUUUCAAUGGCAAGAUAAAAUUAAAUUCUGCUCAAAGAGAAUGUUUUUUUUUUUUUUUUUUUUUUACCAAAAGUGCCUGUUCACUGAAAUAUUGAACCUUUCAGAACAUUUCAGUGCUGUUUAUUUUAUAGUAUGUGUGUGUCUGUGUUACUUCAGAGCCAAAUGAAUUAUGCACACUGUUAUGUUACAAUAUUUAGGACUUGUUAAAGAACAUUUUUAAGGAGUUGGCUGUAAGUAUUUCUUAUAAAAUAUAAAAUAUAUCAGUUUUGUUCUGUUCA